AUGUCGGAUGAGCAACUUAAAAAACAGCUUAUCCAGCAGCUCUUUGAAGAUGUAAGCGAAGGUGGGUACGGUGGGCAGGAUGGUAGCGCCGGAAAGCUCAUUUUCCAUGCACGAGUAUUUGAGGAAGAACGAGAGGUGCGUGGUGUCAAGGAUUUACUUAAAGUGUCGUUUCAGAAUAAAGACAGCAAAGACUCCAAGGAUGCAAAGGAUGAUAAUGAUGACGACGAUGAUGACGAUGAAAAACCAGGGAUAAAGGGGAAAUGGAAAAGUCGCAUUAUAUCCUUAUCUGUUCGGAAAGGUACAAAAAUACGCUUAUAUAAACUCAAGCAAGAACGCUUUGGCAGUCUUUCCGUUAUAAAAGUAUGGGGGCUAGAUGAGCUCAAGUCUUUAGAAAAUGGAGAACUCUGUAGAGCAAAUACAAAAAAAAUGCCCAAGCUAAUUAAUAUUGGAGAGUCGGUUAUGCAAGUACAAGCAUCCGUUCCAGUCGAUAUUGGUCUUGGAACGAGCAAUACACACGUCAAAUUAGCUGGGACUGAGAUGGAUUCUGCUAGUCAGGAGCUUCAAAUCAGUGGAGAUGAUGAAGCCGUAACGGCAAUAGAAACUUUACCUACAAUUGAUUUGAGCCUUGUUUUAAGUGAUUUUAAUUGGCAAGCAAGCGGCGAUGCAGCAGCUUUGGAAGCACGAUUGUUUUCAGAACUGCAGGCAUUAGAAGCAGCCAAUGUACACGAUAUUAUUCAAAGUGAAUCUCAAGCCAACAUUGUCGUCAACGAAAUCGAACAAGCUCUUUCAGAACUCACCCAAAUUGAUGAUUGGCUUUCCCACUAUACAUCCUUGCUUGAUUCAAUGGGGCAAGAUGUCCACCAAAUCGAGACGCAGAACAAAGGAAUGCAAGUGACUUCCACAAAUCAACAAUGUCUGUUGACUUCUGUGGAAAAGUUAUUGGGAAGUUUGCGCAUUUCAGGAUAUACAUUAGAGGUGCUUCGAAAUGAACCUCUUGACAGUCCAGAUGGCGUACGCGAGUGCGAGUCUGCAGUUCAAAAACUCAUGAACAUUAUCAAUACAAAGCUUACAGAUAUGGGUGACAUGGCUGUCAUUAAAGAAAGAAAAGCACUUUUACAGGGAUAUGCAAACGAUUUUGCAAAACGACUGUGUGGAUAUUUACUGGAAACAUUUUCAAAACUGGCAGAUUUUUAUUUACAAGACAAGGCUCGUAUAUCUCAAAAAGGCUCAUUGAAGCUUUAUGCACAUGAGAGUCUUGAGCAAAAACUAUUCAAAUUUCAAAAUUUACUGCGCUGGCUUAAAGAUAUUGACGCUCGUGCACAUCAUGAACUUCAAAUGGCAUAUGUCAAGGAAAUUAUUCGUCCAUAUAGGCGCGAAACACAAGAGUUUAUCGAGAUUUUGAAGACCCAGCAUACACAACGCAAAAUUACACAGGAAGAAAUGGAUUUUUUGUUUUCUGGUCAGGGCGUAUCAGUGUCUUCAGCUGCAAGUAAUGCCAUCAAGUCUGCAAUUCGUUCAGGCACAUCAAAUUUGGGCAAUACAUCUGAUCGAAAUGGUCCUUCUGGUGGAAUCAAGCAAAAACUCGAAAGCUGGAAGCCUAAUCGCAAGAAGCUUGGUAAAGCGUUUGAUUUUUCUGGACAAUCAGGAUCGCACUCUACAGGUGAUGAUGGGUUGAAGGAAUCCCCAUCCAAGCCAGGACUCUACGAACUUGGUAGUCUAAAGAACUCAUCGCGGGUUGGAAGCUCCGCGAGUCUUGAUCUGAGCCCAGAAGAACGCAUGACACCAGAUGAGGAAAGAUUUAAUAUUUUACCAGCUGCUGUUGGGCAUGCACUAUUAAAAAUGGUUAACAUCAUGGUUCGUGAACAAAACUUUAUCAUUGAUUUUUUCAGCAUUAUUAAAAGCAGCGAGUUGUCAAAUGCUGCAAGUACUCUGCAGAUUUCUGCAGAAGCAACCUCUUCAAUUUUAUCAGUUUCGCUUCAGUCUUGGCAAGAAGACCUUGGUAGACCAAGAGAACCUGUCAAGGACCCAAAGGCUCAAAAAAGAAUCCAAGAAAUGAUGGAAGGCAUCUUUGAAGAUACGCGGGAGCAAUUAUUAGGCACAAUUGAAAGCGGCUUAAAAUAUGAUCAAUCAUUUUCCGUUGGAAUGAUGGUCCAUAUUGAAUUUUACACGAAAGAGUACGCCAACACCUCACAUGUAUUUGUAAUCAAUCUUUUAGAAAAUCUCCAAAAGCGUACAUCGGCAAUCUUUGAAAAAUUUGUGAUUGAGCAAAUCAAAGCAGUCGAAGACACUAAAGUUACACUCCGAAAAAGAGGUGGCAUUCUCCCUUUUGUUAAAACUUUUCCGAGGUUUGUUGAUCGAAUGGAAACUAUGCUAUCCAACUGGGAUGGGAUCGCUAGGAAAACUGUAGAUAAAGCAUAUUCCAGGAUUAUCAAAAGCAUAUUUGAAACAUUGGACGCAGUUGCACAACAAGCUGGAAACGACUCCAAGGCAAACAGCGAGGAAAAGGACUCAUUGAACAUACACAUUCUCAAUGUUGAAAAUAUGCAUCAUUUCCAUGCUGAAGUCCGUGCACGAAAAGUGCCUGGUCUUGAUAAUUUUGCAAAGCAAGCCAAAGUUCUUUACGAUGUUAAUUUAGAGGCAUACUGCAAAGUUGUUAUUAGAAAACCGCUGGGAAAACUUUUGGAAUUUUUUGAAGGAAUCGAAGGAUUAUUAAAAACAGGUCCGAUUGAGGAAGUGCCUUAUCAUAUUCAAUACAGCAAAUCUGCUGUAAAAGAUAUUAUUCGAAAAUAUCCAGGAAAAGAGGUUAAAAAAGGUUUAGAGGCACUAUACAAGCGUGUUGACAAACAUUUUACUGAAGAGGAGGGAUUGCUUCAGGUCGUAUGGCGUGGAAUACAGGAAGAGUUUACUCGACAGUUACGUCGCUAUGAGGAAUUGAUUGCAAAAUGCUAUCCAGAGGUGUCUGUUCGCCUAGACUUCACCAUGGAAGAGCUUCUUGGGUUCUUUUCAGAAUUGGCACAGGCUCACUAA